AUGGGUGUUUUGGCAUCUUACUCAAGUAUAGAUAUGGAUGAGGGGGGCGAUCAAGGGUAUGUAAGGCUAAAAGAGAGAUCAUUAGAGGUAACACCAUCAUGGGCAGUAGCAGUGGUGGUGUUUGUCAUACUUGCCAUUUCCAUUGCUCUUGAAUACAUCCUUCAUCUCUUAGGCCAUUGGUUACAUCAUAAACACAAGAAAGCCCUCAGUGAAGCCCUUGAAAAGAUCAAAGCAGAAUUGAUGAUUCUAGGAUUCAUAUCGCUGCUGCUAACGGUGGGUCAAGGACUAAUCUCUGAUAUAUGUAUUCCAAGUAGAGUUGCAAGAACAUGGCACCCAUGUAACAAGAAAACAUCAGAUGAUGACUACUAUGAUCCAUGUCUGAAAAAGCGAAAGGUGCAAAUGGUGUCAAAUUAUGGGAUACAUCAACUCCACAUAUUCAUCUUUGUGUUGGCUGUGGUCCAUGUCCUGUACUGCCUUCUUACCUUGAUUUUGGGUAGACUCAAGAUGAAGAAGUGGAGGGCUUGGGAAGAGGAAACAAAGACCGUUGAAUAUCAGUAUCAUCAUGAUCCGGAGAGAUUUAGAUUUGCAAGAGAGACAACAUUUGGCCGUCGGCAUUUGAGAGUUUGGAGCAACUCAACAGUUCUUCUAUGGAUUGGCUGUUUUUUCAGGCAAUUCUUCAGAUCGGUUCCGAAAGUUGAUUAUCUUACCCUCCGACAUGGCUUCAUUAAUACACAUUUACCUGCUGAGAGCCAACAACGGUUUGAUUUCAACAAAUACAUUAGUAGGUCGCUUGAAGAAGAUUUCAAAGUCGUAGUUGGAAUAAGUCCAACAGUAUGGUUUUUUGCGGUCCUGCUCCUUCUCACUAACACCCAUGAUUGGUACGCAUACCUGUGGCUUCCCUUCAUCCCAUUGAUUAUGAUACUUUUAAUUGGAACAAAACUACAAGUGAUAAUAACAAAAAUGGGGAGAAGGACUCAUGAAAUGGCAGAUGUGGUGAAGGGUACACCAAUGGUUCAACCAGGAGACGAUCUCUUCUGGUUUGGUCGACCCAAACUCGUACUCCUGUUGAUCAACUUUGUUCUCUUUCAGAAUGCAUUUCAACUGGCUUUUUUCUUGUGGAGUUGGUAUACAUUCGGCUUCAGGUCUUGCUUCCACCAUCGGGUUGAAGACAUUGUAAUCAGGAUCUCAAUGGCGGCAGUGAUACAGUUUCUAUGCAGUUAUGUGACACUUCCUUUAUAUGCAUUAGUAACACAGAUGGGUUCAAGAAUGAAACCCACCAUUUUCAGUGAGGAUGUAGCAAAAGCCCUGAAAACAUGGCACCAUACAGCCAAAAAGAACAUCAAUCACGGACAUUCACCUUCAAAUUCACCAUUCUCAAGUAGGCCUGGGACCCCACUCCAUGGAAGUACAUCUCCUAUGCAUCUUUUGCAUAGAUACCCAGACAACAAUCUUGAUAGUCUUUCAAAUUCUCCACAAGGCUCACACUUUGAACACGAAGGUUGGGCCAAUGAGUCUCCUCAGAGACAUGAGCAGAGAUAUGAAGAUGCUGAGAACAUUAGAAAAGAUGAUGUACAUGAUACAGAAGAAGGCGAGAUUCAAGAACAAAGCACAAGCUCAACUCAGUUGCCGACUGGACCUAGACCGAUUAGGGCUCAACAUGAGGUUGAUAUUUCAGACUUUUCGUUUGGUCGAGGUAAGUAAUUGAGUACUGUAUAUGGAAGAUACUUCAGUCAUAAGUAUAGUUAAUUCAUCUUGAUGUAGCAAUUCCCUACACAAC